GUAACAUUAAAAUCCAAUAAAUGUCCAAGGAACUCUUAAACCAAAGAGAAGCACCUCACAAUGAAGAUGUAAAUUUGUGUUCUGAAACUGGAAUAGCUGUUAUAAUCCAUGCUGGUCCUUAUUUAGAGACGUCACAGGAUAACAAGAAAUUGAUAAAUGUGCAAAAAGAAAGUGAAGACAUUCAAACAAGCAAAAACAUCAAGAAAUAUAAAUGUAAAAUAAAAUUGGAGGACUGAUCAAGACUGGGAAAGACAUUGUUAUUUUUAUUUUCUGUGAAAUGAAAACAAAUUGCUUGUAAAACAUCUUCAAAAGUGAAAAAUGGCUGUACUGAUAUCAAUGAUUGGAAAAUGUGAAAAAAAGAAAGUCUAUUUUGCCCAAAAACGUUUUAAAUUUCAUUGAAAAUUGUAUCAUUUUAGGCUUGUAUUUAAUAAAUUCUGUAAAAAAAACCCUACAAUUUCGACAAAUCGACUACAAAUCAUUGCCCACAUACAAUCUGUGAGCUGAUAAAACAAUAUUUUUCAGUGUUAUUGUGAAAAUAUUUUUAUAGUGUUCAGCUAGUUAAUGCUUUGUUUGUAUUUUAAGAAUUUCGAAGAACAAGACAGGAGACACGGCAAAAGUCAAAAGAAGAAAGGAACGGACAACGAAGGAAUAGAGAAAAUUAAACUGUAAAAAUAAUGAUAUCAAACUUCGGAAUUUUGUGCAGGUGUUGAAAGGAUUCUGGAAUUUUGGAAAAUGUGUUCCUUUCCGAAUAGUUUUUGAAUAAACACAUCUGAAAUUACUGCAUCCAAACGGGAAUGUUUCAAGCUCUUUUUCAAAUGAUUUACUAUAUAAAUAACUCGGGCAUUGGUCCUUAGGGUAAAACUGCAUUGUGAAGAUACUUCACCAUUAUUUUGAUGAAAACGGGUGAGGCGACUGGAAUGAUUAUAAAAGGAUUCGUGAAAGUUGAACUAAAAUUGGCAAAUUAUACUCAUAGCAUUUUAAAAGUAUAUAAACUACUAUCAUCAUCGACUGAAAUAUGAAUGACGCAUCGGGUGACAAAUUUCACAUUUCACUGAAACUCGGCGACGGAAGCUCUAAUGGGACGGAUUGUUUUGAAUGGUGGUGCUUUCAAUAUGAUACUCUAAUUAUUCUUGAAGCCCUAGCUAUGUUUCUGUGUCUGGUGGGUAGCUUUGGAAAUUUAAUUACUGUUCUUGCCAUAUUAUUUUCCAGCCUGCGAUUCAGCGUAAACUGUAUCUUAAUAGGCAGUCUCAGCUUCGCUGGAUUUUUGUACUGCUCGCUAAUCAUUUCAAUGCAAGCGGUGAUUUUUCAUAGGACAUCCCACAAAAUACCGCACGACUUCUGCUCGGCAGCAGGAGGAAUUCGUUAUACCCUGACCGGAGUGAUAAUGGCACACUUAGCUGUCAUAGCCUUGUACCGGUUUCUGAAUUUCGUUUAUAUCAACACAUAUAGAUAUAUGUCGGAAAAGCGGCAACUCAUAAUUUCUCUCGUAGUUUGUUGGUUGUUGCCCUGUUUCUUCACCAUUCCUCCUGUGGUUGGGGUGUGGGGUGCAUAUCAGUUCCAAUCCCAGAUCCUCUCAUGCACAUUUGCUAAAAGUGCUGACCAAAGCAAUAGAUUUGCCAUGGUAACCGCUGGCUUUAUUAUCCCUUGUGUGUUUAUCAUAUAUUGCUACGCUCGCAUUGGAUGUACCGCUUACAGUAACUUCAAACAUGUUCGUCGAUGGCAGGGCAACUCCAGUAAGGCAGACACAAUACGAAUUUCAACCAUGAUGAUGUUCAUUUUUCUAAUAUUUUUUCUUGGAACCUUUCCCUUCUUCGUUUUACAUGUGAUAGACAAAGAAUUCAAACAUCCUAUUCAUCACAUUUGGACAACAAUGUUUGCUUGGGUGAUGUACUGUUGUAAUCCUGUUGUCUACACACUAAUGGACACUGAUUUCCGGAUGGCGUACAAGCAGGUUUUCAUGCGCAAUUGUAAAAAGAAUGCCAUGCAGGCAGCUGGAACUACUCGUGCAACUUCCGUUUAAAUAUAUCAAGAUAUAACAAUUAUUUUAAUGUCGAUUACACAAUCGAAAGUAAUAUAAAAGAUACAAACAGUGAAGUCCCUACUCCUCACGAUUAAAAAGCUGAUUUUUAAUUGAUUCAAUAUUAUGCUUCCUCGAUUAGUUCGUAAACAGGAUAAGCCUCAGUAUUUCAAGAGUUUUCAUAAAAGUUAUCAAAAACAUACUUGAUCCAGAUUGAUUGUUAACAUGUAUCAUAAAAUGUGUUAAUUUAUAAAGCAUACAACUACGGUUUGUUAAAAAAAAAUGUAUAUGUAAUCUUUCCAUAUGUCAAUGAAAUUGGUGCAAAGACAUCUGUUGUAUAUGCCAUCUUUUUAUGUCAAUAAAAUUGGUGCUGAGACAUUCAA